AUGACAAGAAUUUGGAUUAUUUCAUUUUUUCUUUAUUCAAUUUUAUUGGUAGUUUCAAGCCACUAUGGUGGUAACCAAUAUAAUCGAGGAGGCACCAGUUGGCAUUCAGGCUAUGGCGGUGGUCACCAAGCUGGCCGUAUUGCUCAUAGAGGUGGUGGCUAUAAUACUGGCCCUAGUUGCCCUCCACCACCGAUAUGCCCACCACAAAGAUGUUCACCUGUGCAAUGUCCUCCACCCCCUAUUUGUCCUCCACCACCUCCGCCAGUCCAUCAGCCAUGUCCUCCUGCUCCACCUCCACCGCCAUGUCCAUCUCUUCCACCACCCCGACCAUGUCCGCGUAUAACAUGCCCUCCAGUUCUACCACCAGCUCCCUGUCCACCUAUUCAAUGCCCUCCUCCUCCACCACCCCGUCCAUGCCCGCCACAGAAAUGUCCACCUCUUUCACCGCCAGCACCUUGUUUUCCAAGACCAUGUCCACCACCACCACCUCCUCCACCUUGCCCACCUCCACAGUGUCCUCCACCGCCUCCAUGUCCAACUCCUAUGUGUGUAGCACCGCCACCUCCACCUUGUCCGCCCCAACGGUGUCCACCUCCACCACCACUUCCUCCUUGCCCUAAACCUCCACCACCUCCGCCAUGCCCAGUGCCAUUACCGCCAAGAUGCCCACCUCCCCCACCACCUCCGCCUUGUCCUCCAGCAGAUUGUCCUCCACCUCCUCCACCAAGGCCAUGCCCUCCACCUCUAUGUCCUCCACCACCGCCACCACCACCUUGUCCGUCUUUCCAGCCUCCGCCUCCUCGGCCAUGCCCUCCACCUCCUCCACCUCCGCCGUGCCCAAAGCCUCCUCCUUGUAAGGUAAAUUUUAAAACAAAUUUUACUUUUGAAACAAUGUUUAUUAUUGUUUUCAUCAUUAUGGAAAUGGUAAAAGACAUAAACGAAUCAAAGCGAAAUGUUCAGCGAAUAGCUGAAAAAAAGUUCCGAACCAAAUUCAAUGUUAUUUGUACUGCAACGUCUUUUUCAUACAUAACAAAUACGCAAAUAUAUUGCCAAUUUUCGAAUCUCGAUCUAACUUGCUAUGCAUUUUCUGCUAUUUAA